AUGCCCCUCAACAAACCCAAUAGGUCGUCAAAUUCACCAGCAACGGGCAAGGUCCAAGGCAUGGCCCGCAAGUUCUCAUUGUUGGCCAAGCAAGCCGCAGGAGAAAACUACGUCCCCCGCAACAACAUCGAGAAGCAGCCCAUCGUCACCGGCGCAGUCAAGCCCAAGGUCGCCAUCCCUGCCGCUGCCGCCACUGCUGCUGCUGCCUCCACCACCACCAAGACCCUCGAGGCCUCUCAGGAGAAUCUCCAGGAAGAAAACGAGGAAGAGGCCAUCGCUGUGGCUAGCCCCGUCGAUGUCGAGCAGGAGAUCGAGACCAACCUCCAUGUCUCCGGCCUGACCAACAAGGUUGAGGAGAUUGAGAUUACUGCCCCCAAGGAAGAGGAGGAGAAGAAGGUCGAGGAGGUCGCUGCCCCAGCCCCUGCUCCCGUUAUUGUUGAGGAGCCUGUUGUUGAGGAGCCCAUCCACGAGGAACCUAUUGUCGAGAAGGAAGAGGAGACCAAGGAGCAGGAGCAGGAGCAGGAGCAGGAGCAGGAGGCUGUUGUUGUUGAGGUUGUCAAGGCUGUCGAGGUUGAGGUCCCCGCUGCCGUCGAGGAGGUCAAGGCUGUUGUUGCUGAGGCCCCCGCUGCUGUCGAGGAGAAGAAGGAGGAGACCCCCGUUGUUGUUGAGGAGAAGGAGGAGGAGGCCCCCGUUGUUGUUGAGGCCCCUAAGCAGGAUACCCAGUCGAUUGAGGAGGAGAACAUCAAGAACGCCCCCAUUGAGGCAUAA